AUGUAUUUCUUGAGAAAACUUGGCUUCCGAUCCUCCUCCUCUUCUUCUUCCGGUUACGGCUACGAUGACGCCCAGAAGACACGAGACGAGAAGUAUUUCGAGCAGUACAGCGAGCAGGUUGAACAGAUGCUGAAGGGUGAAUGCAUUCUCGUCCAGUUCGGAGAGAAUCUGGAAUCGAUGUCCAUCAAAGCCGGCGAUAUCAACCCGAAUGCAAAGCGUCUCGUGCGUGCGCUCCAUACGUACGGCCCUAGAGAUUCCAGCAUCAAGCUUGCCAUCACGCUCCCAGAGGUCAGCAGGUCUAUGUACGAGACGUAUGUGUCUUGGGGCAUGUCUGUGGAAGUGACCGCUCUUACCUUCAAAUGGGGUAAGCUUAUCCUUCUGGCUCAAACCACCAAGCUCCUGGAAGAUGCAGAGUCCCACCGUAAAACUCUGGACAGCAUGGCUGCCAAGGGCGAACAGUGCAAGUACAUCAAACACCUCCUGUUCCAGCCGGAGGACUGGUCUCUGCUACGGAAGACUGUGCAUGCAGGUGCGCGCUGCGACGAUCCAACACGGAAGGUUGUCGCCGAGCUCCUCAAGCGUUCCGAUGGACUGAAGGAGCUCUUGCGUAUCACUGGCAAGGAGCUUGAGCAGAUGGGCAUCACAUUGAAAGAGACUUGUGUUGUUGAAGACAUUGUAGACGGAAUUGAAGUCGAGCCUGCCGUCACACGCGUAGACAAGAACAAGACCGUUACUGUAUCUGACGCGGAAUCUGUGAACAAUACCGAAGUCGCGUCUAUCACAGCCCAUGAACAGGCUCAGGACGAGGACGAUGACGAAUGGGAGAUACUAUCGAUUAAUAGCUCGCAUUCGGACGAAGGAUCGAUCGCUUGUGACAGCGACGAUUCAGAGGAAGAAGAUCCUCCGGUAGCCGAGCCAGCUGUCGACGCUGACCACUGGGUUGUGGCACCUCAGUCUCUGGCCGAAGAGAAACCCGAAUGUCAAACCGACGAAUCUAACAGCAGCAGCCACAAGUAUGGCCCUAAGACUCAGGUUGGCAACGACUCAGCGAAUGACGAUGCGAACGCGUCUACCCAAUCUGCGGAUGACCUCGCGAAACAGCUUCGAGGGCUAGCGGUGGACGAGGCCGCUGUCUCUGUCGAGGACGUAGAGGAGCAUGACACUUGUCAAGAGAAGGACUCCGAAGACAAGGACGGUGGUGUCGCGAUCCGAAAAGAUUUUGCUCCUGGGUACGAAGGUGCUUCACCUGUCGAGACUUCGGAGAAUAACUCUCUCUCCGCAGAGUUCGAUCAUGCGCAAUACCAACAAGGCACAAUGAUCAAAUGCACUGUUUACACGGAGGCUGAGAUGCAGUCGGCUCUUGCUAAGCUCCCCGGGUUGAAGACCUCAAAGUGGGCUUCCACUAAGCAGGAAAAGCCACCGUCUCCCUUGAAUGCCGAGAUGAUAACGGACCUGACAGAAUACAUGAACUCCAGCACGGCAGUAGAGAAGCAACUUCGAAAUGAGAAUGGCCCCACCGAAGCAGUUGGCAAGCUGGAACGCGAUCUCGCGUUCGCUGCAAAGAAGGAAAUGUCAGGUCUUCCUUCCCACCCCCAGUUGCCCGUCAACUCCAAUGCGGACCAGGCUGUCCCUGCUGAACGUCCGACGACUGCUGACCCGAAUUGUUUCGCCGGUUUUGUAGCAACAAAAGAUCUCCCGCGCACCGUGCCUGCUUCGCUGACGAAGGUCGAGGCCGAUGACAAGACGGAAAAUCCUGUAGAUGAAGAGAACGAAGAGGUCGCCCUUCCCGGAGUGCGGCGGAAAGUGCCAGGCAACCGGCGGCAGGGCCACAAGCGGAAGGUUUCUGAGGACGUGAACCUAGAUGGCAAUGCUGGUCGAGAACACGCGCGUCGUCAUCAGACCAAGGGCCCGACCUGGAACAAGAAAGGUGAAGGCUUAUGGACCGAAUACAAGAAAUCCGCCUUGAACGCCUUGCGAGAGAAGCAGGUCGCAUCUACCCCGGCCUCCGCCUACACGACGAACAGGAACUCCCAGGCUUCGGCGAGCACCUACUUACGCCAGCGGGAGGAACCGGACCGCCAACCUGAAGGUGUGGCAGGAGCGGACGCCGGUCGUGUGACAGAAGGCCCGCCAGCUGCAAGCAAGGAAAUGAAAGAGGACAAGAAAAAGGACCCGGAGGAGUGGCCGGAGAACUUCGCCGUUGGUGCACCACCUCGCCCGAAGAAUCGCCCUGAGACGCGCGUGCUCGUCACUCUUGAGAAGGGUGCGCACUAUAUUGAUUGGAACGCUUGA